GGGACUGGGUCGAUACCUGCCCGGACGAGCUUUCACAGGCUCCCUGCUCCUAUCAAGGUAUAGGUAGGCACCAGCGUCCCGUCCUACGCUGCGCAGGCGAUGUCUACCGUUCCAGGGGUCACGCUGAGCGGCAACGACGCAUCUCUGGCUUCGCCUCUUAACCCUGCGAGCCAAGUGACUGCCAGUCCCUUUGUUUCCCCUGCGUCCUCUGCCGUCUCCCGACGACUGAGCGCCGCCGUUUCUGGGGCGAGCUCUGUCCCCGUCGAGCCUAUUACCGCAUUAGUGGUCUCCCCUGCCGUAGGCUCAUCAACUGCACCUGCCGCCUCGACCGCCUCGACCUUCAGCGGACUGUCCUCUCUUCCCGUCGUCCCGUCCCAAGAUUCCAUAUCGUCCUCUGCGGCAAUUCCCACCCGUUCCGCUGAAGGUAGCCUCACCGUUGCGGACUCGUCAACUGCCUCUGCUGUCCCGACCCUCUCAGCCUUGAGCACGACCUCCUCCUUCCCUGUCGACUCGUCUCAAACUCUCCCGUUCUCCUCCGCGGCAACGCCAAUUCGCUCUGUUGAACGUGGAUUUUCCGCUGUAGACCCGUCAGCCACGUCCGCUGCCUCAGCCCCUUCAGCCUUCAGCAGAAUCUCUUCUUUCCCCGCCACCUCGCCCCAAAUUUCCGCAUUCUCCGCGGCAGCUGUCCUUACACGCUCUGCUCAGCGUGGUCUCCCCGUCGCAGACCUGUCAGCUGUGUCUAUUUCCUCAACUCCUUCAACCUUUAGCGAAUUUUCCUCUUUCCCCGCCACCUCAUUCCAGGCCGCCGCAUCCACUGUAUCACAUCUCUCCUCAACUUCUACCUUCCUUUCCUCUACACGCAGCGACGUUCCUUCCAAGGCUUCCUUCAUUGGCUCGUCCUCCAGCAUACCUGUCGGGCCUACGUCAGUUGUUCCAUCGAAGAGCAGCAUCAUUACUGGUAUCAGCUCUUCCAAUUCCGAACCCUCGACAAUCAAGGCUAUACCGAGCUCUCUGAGUAUUUCCGCUUCCGAGAGUCGACGAAUCCAGCCGGUGCCUGAACCGACCUCUACCGAGGUUGUCCCGCCAAACCUUAGUGCUAGCUCCCCCGCCGUAGUUUCUUCAUUGCCAGUGAGCGCGAUAGCUUCGCCCAGCCGGGCAUCCAAUCCUAUAGCUCGGCCUGCCGGUAACCACGACGUCGUUUCCAGCACUGUUAUUUCUACCGUUCCUACUAGUAUGGCCGCUUCGUCUAAAGGAUCGGACAGUAGCUCCGUCGCACCGACUUCAUCUUCGCCCGCUCUCGUCUCAGCUGUGAAGGCGGCCCCCGUUGAGCUGAACUCGAGUAGCGAAGCUCCUGACGUUUCUUCCGGGUCUCCACAGCCAUCUUCUACAGCAGCAUCGGCACCAGCGUUGUCUUCGUCAGAAGUUACAAAGCCCUCGAGCUCGCCUGCACCAUCUUCGAGCGUAGAACCUUCCUCUCAGGCCACUUCGACUCGUGCUGUCUCCUCGACUUCUUUGCAGAGUAGCGCAACACCUGUCUCCAGCUCCUCUAGCGAGGUGAAUGUGCAGUCUCCAGCGGUUAGUGGAUCUUCUGCUCCCGGGGGCGUGACUUCCUCUGCCCCAGCUGGACAAGCGUCUUCGUCCGCAGUGACUCACAAUGGUGGUCUCCAGGCUCCUAUAUCGUCCUCAACGCCAGGUUCAUCUGCGAACAAUGGCACAUCGAGUUCUGUGAUCUCUAACCCCACCGCCAAUCAAGCAAAUGCGCAGUCUGCGACCACCACCAGUACAAUCACAGACCACCCAGAAACGACUCUUUCGAAUCCGAUCUUUAUAUCCACCACAGACUCGAAGGGACACACUACGGUCACAAUUCCACCUGUCAUCACGAGCCUUGCUGUGUCUACAGGUUCCAACGGCAGUCUCGUCACCGCUACCCAUAUCGAGGCGAAUCCGACCGGUAUUUGGGCCAUAGGAGAUACCUCUACACAUAAUGGCUUCUUCAGCCAUGGCGGUGCUGUCGCAGGUGUCUUUGUGGUGGUAGGACUUAUCGUUGCGACAAUUGCUGCUCUUAUCGCCUUUUUCCUCUGCAAGCGUCGCCGUCGCAGACGCAUUCGCCAUAGUAUUUCUCGCCCGCUUCCGCAGCCCGAUAACCCCUUCGAGGACCCAAGAGCGACACCGUCGACCCAGAUGCGCUAUGCUGGUUCAGACUCGUCACAUAGGAAUCUAAUUGGCGCGGGGUUGGGCGUGAAUCGCGGCCAGCAGAAUCUUCUCGACGAGGAAUUCGCUAGCGCGUCUGCUGCGCCUGUCAGAAGCCACCCACCCAGCGUCCACUCCAGUUCGGACAGGCUUGAGACGACUCUCGCGGGUGUGGGAGCAGGCGGCAGGAGCCUGGGAAAGCCAGCGUAUGACGGUUCAGUACUCUUGAAUAUCCCAAGUAACGGAUACGCCACCGCCUCUCCGAACCAUCAGCAUCGCCCAAGCUAUGGCAGUGGUGUUGUUGGCCUGGCGAUUACAAACGACAACGUGUACGAAGUCUCGCGCCCGACGCCUCGACACAUCAAACACACCUCCGCUACCCCGUCUGCUGCGCCAUCAACCCCAAGCAUCUACCCGGCGACGCUACCGAGCGGCGAUGAAGAUGUAUCGACGGAGAGCGCAAGCUCAGAUGAACCCGUUACGCCGUCCGUGACUGAAUCGCCGGUGCUCCCACUUCAGAAACCAGCUCGGCCGCCGCGACGGAGACCUGUUGCGCCCCUUCCCCCUCGCAGCUCCUUGCGCGACGCUGAGCAGGCGAAUAAGCUCCUAAUGCAUACACAGCUCACGUCGGAGGACGCAAAGGUCAUGGAUCAGAAACCUUACGGCUCUCCGUCACCACCUGCGUCGAUGACCGACAGUUCGUAUUCUCCCGCAUCCGAGUAUCCCGUGACCCCCGCCGGUCCAUUCGCGAACUUCAGUUCCCCCGCAUCACAAUACCUCGCGACUCCAGCUGGUCCAUUCGCCGACUAUGAUUCUCCUGCGUCACAGUAUCCCGCGACCCCUGCGAAUCCAUUCGCCGACUACAACACUUACAUGUCUGGUAUCAAACCCCCUGCAGAAACAAAGCUCAGAGACAACUUUUACACCCGACGCAAAUUGGUUAGCCCCCAUCUACGGAGACCAAGCCUCGAGUGGAGACAGUAGAUAUCAGUGUACCGCCAAAACAAAAACACGCUUCGAACUCAUUUGUAGCAUUGUAGCCAACUGUAUUAUCACUAUUUGCC